AGAUCACCUGUCCUGGAAGUUUAAAGGAGUGGAAAUAGACAGAAAUACACUGAACCAAGAAGAUUCCAACAAGCAAUAUAAGAAGUGGAAUCUCUAAGAAUGGCCUCCCAGAGCUCCAGCUUCUGGAAUGAAACAACUACAUCUGUUUAUCAAUACCUUGGUUUUCAAGUUCAAAAAAUUUACCCUUUCCAUGAUAACUGGAACACUGCCUGCUUUGUCAUUCUGCUUUUAUUUAUAUUUACAGUGGUAUCUUUAGUGGUGCUGGCUUUCCUUUAUGAAGUGCUUGACUGCUGCUGCUGUGUAAAAAACAAAACUGUGAAAGACUUGAAAAAUGAACCGAACCCUCUUAGAAGUAUGAUGGACAACAUCAGAAAACGUGAAACUGAAGUGGUCUAG